AUGAGCGAAAAUCUGCACACCAUCAUCCAUCAUGUCGACUUCUUCCCAUUACGAAUCCGCGUAUUUCGUAACGGCGACAUGUUCGAUCAGGGUCGGAUUUUGGUGGUCACUAGAAAACAAUUCAAACAUUGGAUCGUAUUUUUGGAUGCGCUAACAGUAUCCCUAAGAACCGCGACUGCUGUAAAAAGACUUUUUACGAUACAAGGAAUUCCAGUUCAUCAUUUCGACGAAUUGGAAACGAAUGGAGAAUAUGUUGCAGUGGAAAACGGUCCGUUCAUCAAUGUUCCAUACGGACAAUCGAGAUUUACGUUGAGGGGAAAACGUUAUAACCCAAUAAUCCGUGCUCCUCAGAUGGUCCCAACCUUUUUGAAUUCCGCAGAAUCAAUGGAUAUUUAUUUGAAGAAGGAGGGAUACGGUACAAUUACAGGUUUGCCGUAUCCGUUUGAUGGGAUUCUAUCGAGAAGUCCCAGUGCGUCGAACAUUCAAAUUAAACAUCUCACUUCACAUAUUCCUCCGUUGAAGAUCGGCGGAAGUAUGGAGCAUUUGAACGAGAUUGGAACCGCUUCCUGGCUGGGUAAAAAUGAGAAAUGGAUGAUGGGUGAGAGAGUAAAACUGGGAGAGACGCAGACAAAAGGAGAAGAGCAUACGAUUAUUCCGAAAUUGGAAAUAAAGGAUACAGAUUGUGCAAGUAUAACGACAUCUGAAGUGAAUAAAGAUGCAAAGAAGGGAAACAGUUCGAGCACAAAACUGCCAAGACUUUUGAAUUCCAAUCGGUCGUUCAAGAAAAAUUCCAAUCAAAACCCCGAAGAGUCGUCUCGUCCCUUAUCUGAAAAUCUACCACCAAUCGAUUUAAAAUCCACAACUCAGACUUCGACUCAAGCGAUAACUCAAACGACUCAAAAAGAUUCCGAUACGAUUUCGAUAAAAACCGAAGAAGAAGUGAUUUCAAUUCUGAAACCAUCGGAAAAAUCCGAGAAAAUUUCAAAAAAAGAGAACGACGAUGAAGUGAGAUUCCAUAGAUCUUAUCAGGUCACUCAGACGACGUACACGAAGAGGAAUUCAGAAGAAAAUCUUCUGAAUUCUGGACCGAAUUCUGGAGUAGCUUCUGGAGCAAUUUCUGGAGCUUCUGGAAAUCCCGAAAAGAAUUCUGGGAGUUCUGGAGCGGCUAACGUUGAAAAAGAAAAAGAAAAACCCCGGGAAAAACAAAUUCCAAUUCUGAAGCCAUGUUCUGAAGCUGUGGAGAUUCCAUUGACGUCAUCUGAAAAGCCUCCGGGAUAUGGAAAAUUUGGCAAAAAGGAAUCCAAAAUUGCACAGAAAAUUCCAGAAAAAUCAUCAAGAGCAAAGUGGGCGGAUGGGAAAGAAAUUGGCGGGAAUUUGAGAAGAGAAAAAUCAACAGAUUCUCUUACGAAAAAAGAAAAAUCGAUUGAGAAACUGGAGGGUUUGGAGAGGAAUAAUCAAAAAUCGAUGAAAUCAAAUUUGAAAAAGUUCGAUGUGGAUAUCAAUGAAAUUCCGAUUCGGUAUGAGGGAGCCACUGGGAGGAGUGCAUCUAGAAUUGUGACAAGUCGUUCGACGACACACCUCUUCAUUGAAGAUUAUGUUGGAGAAGAUGAAUUAGAUGACGUCAUCGAGAGAGCCCAACUCUGGGAUAUGAAUCGACGUCGUCAGAAAAUGCGUCAACAAUGCACUCAAACUAGUGCAUCGAUGUGCCGAUCGAUUUCGGCACCUCGUCGUCGAGUCGUUCUUUUUGAUCCCGAUUUUGAUUGA